CGGUGACUCGUCGCGUGUCGUCCGAUCAGUCUUACUCCGACCUCGCGCUCGUCAACGUUGUCGUUGUCGUGCCGCCGCCGUCGCCGUCGUCGUCGUCGUCGUCGUCGUCGCCGCUCGUUGUCGCCGUCGUCGUCGUCGCCGUCGUCGUGCUGGUGGUGUGUGCUUUUUUUCAUAAUACGCUGACCACCCGGUGAAUUUUGGAUUUCAUAAUCAGUUACGUUCGUGUUUGUCUUUUUUUCUUUUCCGCUGUCAACAUACAAUACAUACACACCCCGUACGUUUGUUCCCUUUUUUUCUCUCUCUCUCUCUCUCUCUCUCGUGUGUUCGCGGUGUAUACAUAUAUACAUAUACUGAUCUGGCUCGCGAAAACAAUUUAACGAAAAAGAUCAAUUAAUUGUGAAUCGAUAAUACCGUUAAAAGGGCGUGAAGUUUGUGACAGCUGAUCGUUGAUACAAAAAAGUGAAUUAGGUUUUGUAAUUCUAUCACGAGUUUGAAUUAUUCGCGCGGAUUGUCCGUUCAAUUUCGAUCGAACGAUCGAUUCGAUAUAUCGAAAGGUGCCAAUCGAAUUGUCGCGCGUGCAUACGUAGACGCGUCGUUUCGUGAGAGUGUUUCUGCCGGUCGGAGUGUUCAUUUUCUUGGCGAGUUUCUUCUUCAAGAAAAUGUCGUCGUUACGAACGCAAUCGACCGGUGGCGGUGUUCUCGGUUUGAGCAGUGUCGGUUCUGAUCGUACCGGUGCAACAUCAACCGGUGCUGGGUCACAUUCGCACUCUCACAGGAAACAUCAUCAUCAUCACAGAAGCAGAAGCGCGCCCAGAGCACCGGAAAAACCACCUAGGAAGCGUCAUCUUAAUCCUGGCCACAGCCUUGCCUCCAUUCCCAGCCAGAUUAAGCUGUCAAUGUUGAACAGUGGCCUCAUCUCGUUCACCACGGAAGAACUGGGUAGCAGUAUGAGCACCACCCUACCCUCGGCACCGACAGAACUCUCGCAAUUCCCAAAGCUUUGCGAGCUACGUCGAAAGUUUCCUGUUCUAUAUCGUGUCGAGUUUCAGACAGCAACGAAAGUGGAAACACAUUCGUGCAGACACGCCACGAAACCAGCAAAUAAAGAAAAGAAUCAGAACCAAAAAUGUAUUCCUUACGAUUAUAACAGGGUGGUCUUAGAUACGAUCGAAGGCGAACCGGAUUCCGAUUACGUUAACGCAUCUUACGUAGAUAGUAUAUUGAAACCAAAUGCUUACAUCGUGACUCAGGGACCCAUAGAGAACACGGUAACAGAAUUCUGGCGAAUGGUUUGGCAAGAGAAGGCAUGCUGCAUCGUGAUGCUAACAAAAACAUUCGACUUCAUCAAGGUGAUGUGCGUCCAAUAUUGGCCCGCAAGCAAAGACAAGGACGAAGAGUAUGGUGGUAUCGGGGUUUCCGUGUUGAAGGAGGAGGAACUGGCCAAUUUUCACAUACGAACGAUAAAGCUGUACAAGAAAAAUGAGAACGACGAAAUCACUGAAGAAAGAACACUGUUGCAAUUCCAUUACACGGAAUGGCAUUCGCAUACGUGUCCUUUCGGAAAUGCAGUUUUAGAAUUUCGUCGACGAGUCAGAGCCGUGGUCGGAUCCACUAUAAAGAAUGAGUCAGGUCCUAUGGUGGUGCAUUGCAAUGACGGUGGUGGAAGAUCAGGAGUGUACUUGGCGAUAGAUGCAAAUAUGGAGUUGGCCGAAGAGGAGGACGCUUUCGACGUCUUUGGAUACUUGAAGAAGUUGCGGCAAAGCAGAAGAGGUCUCAUCGAGAACUUGGAACAGUACAAAUUCGUGUACGACACGCUAGAAGAGUUCGUAGUGUGCGGUACCUCGUGGUUUCCGGUUUCCGAAUUAUCGCAACGUCUCAAGCAAAAGAGUAUAAAAAAUCCCAUAACCAAGAUGAAUGAAUAUCAACGAGAAUACCAGCAAAUUUGUAAGCAAACGCCACGUUUCACGAUCGGUGAUUGCGCUGGCGGACAUAGAGCUGAUAAUAGAGAAAAAAAUAGGGACGUUCUAGUAGUGCCACCCGACAACUUUCGACCAUACCUCACCAGCUUCCAGGGUAACAGCUACACUGACUACAUAAACGCUGUUUUUGUGGACGGCUAUACGAAACCCAGGGAGUACAUUGUAACGGAAUGGCCACUUCGACACACGUGCGGUGAGUUCUGGUCCCUGGUUUACGAUUACGAGUGUGCAGCCGUGGUGGUACUCUGCGUACCACCCCCAGGCUCCACGAAUUUCCCCAGCUUUUGGCCCGAGGGAAAGCAUUCAAAGAAAUACGGUCCUGUAUUUACGAUCGAUCACAUCAGUCACAAUCACUAUACGAACAUCAAAACCUGGAUUUUCAGGAUAAACAAGAAAAUAGUGUCACUGACCGAGCUAAUGGCUGGAGUGAAAGCUCCUCCGAAGACGGUUCAACUGUUCCAAUUGACUUGCUGGCCUAUGGGCCACAAGGUUCCAACGUCGACGAACAGUUUGGUCGAGCUGAUGAACAUGGUCGAAAGGUGGAGACAACGAACGGAUUAUGGACCUGUAGCUGUGGUUUCACCGGAUGGCAGAAGUCGUUGCGGCGUGUAUUGUGCCGCAAAUGCGUGCAUAGAACAGGUCAUUCAGCACGGGGAAGUGGACAUUUUCCAGGCGGUUAAAACCGUACGCAGGCAUAGGCCUCAGCUCGUAGAGAAUAUGACCGAAUACAAAUACUGCUACGAUCUGGUGCUGCACUACGUGCUACACUACCUGAACAAGGACAUGAACGAGAAAAAGUGAGAAAGCGAGUUGAGGGACGAGCUGUGGUUUAUCGAGUUCGGUCGUGGGGCGGCUCUGCCGUU